AUGGCGUCCAAUAGCCGCACGGCUUCUGUACCUAUCGCGGGGAACACGGCCGCAAUGUCGCCUACCUCGCAGCGGCCAGACACCAUUACUGUCAAGGGCUUCAAGAUUUCAACCCAAAAGCUUCCAAUUCUCAAGGCAGGGCCCAUUGAAGCAAUGGCGAAAAAGCUUGGUAUCGCCCCACCAGAAAUGAUCUUUGGGGAUAACUUUGUUUCUAUUGAACAUGAGAAGAGUGGAUGGAGCAUUCACUUCAACGCUUUGGACGCCUUAGACCGCGUUGAUAAAACGGGAGAAUCAAUGCUUGAGGUAGCACAUUCAAAAGAAUGGCAAAAAAGCAGAGAGACAACUCAUGAAGGUAUCAAAGAUGUCAUCAAACCAUUUGACUGGUCCUACAGUACAGAUUACAAGGGCACUGUAUUGUCCAUUCAAGGCCCCGACUUCGAGGAGACCUCAAAGCCCAUACCCAUUGAACUGCUGAAACGCCCUGACCCAAUACUUUUCUUCGAUGAAGUAAUAUUGUACGAAGAUGAACUCGCCGAUAAUGGUAUUACUAUGCUGUCUUGUAAAAUUCGCGUUAUGCAGGACAGACUUCUUCUUCUCUCGCGGUUCUUCUUGAGAUUAGACAACGUUCUUUUCCGACUUCGGGACACCAGGGUAUAUGUCGAUUUCGAGAAAUCAGAAGUUAUAAGGGAGUAUCAGUCCAAAGAGUGUGAUUACGGCAUCGUCAGACAGAAGUUAGCAAGCGCACGGGAUGAUAUACCCGCUAUCAUGAGGGACCCUAACAGGCUCUCCGAACUUCUUCCCCUUGUUGACCGACGACUAGAACGCGUGGUUCUCGACGGAUAG